AAGUUAAAACCGUGCGAGAAACAACUAAAAGAUCUCGCGUGUGAAAAAACUAACGAAUAGUUCAAAAAAAUAUAAGAGUUCAACAAAAUAUAAUAAUAAAAAAUUAGACAUACAUUAAUACGCAUGUACAUAAUGUAAACUAAACUACAUUAUUAUAACAAAAAUCAUACACGUUCAGUUGUUUAAUAGUGGAUUAUUUAUACCUACGAAUUAGUUAAAUGCUAAUAAAAAUCACCAAAAUUAGAAUCUGCGAAAUAUAAAUUAACGUAAAGGUGUACCUAACUAUUCACUAUUUAUAAAUAUUCAUCAAUAAAAUAAGUACAAAAUAAAAUUUGCAAAUGAAAAAAAUAAACAACUAGUCCACAACGGAUUAAUAUAUUUUUAAAUAAUAUACAUUCCUACCUUCACCUGUACAAACAUAUCUAUUUAUGUAUAUUUGCAAGUAGAAUAUAACUUAAAAAUUCCGAUGACAAUACAAAUAUUUAAAAACGUGAUACAUUUGUAUGCACAACUUCAAAAUAAUAAUAAUUAUGCUUAAGAAAUCAAAUUGUUAAAAAUAUCUUAGGAUAAACGUUAGACAACACCUUUUUAUUUCCAACAAUUUACCAAUUAAACUAUAUUUACCGAGAAAAUAGUUUGAAAUUUGAUAAUCUCCAAUGAAUCUUAGUAUCUGUAUACGAUAACAUUACAUACGCAUUUGGAAAUCACAAUCAGAAGUGUUUUGUAAAAUAUUGUUUCAACGAUCUGCCAAUAUUUCUACAAACGAGAUGGAAGUUGAAUCUUCAUAUUCAAAAUAUGCAGGCCGAGUGCCACCUUUGGAUUUGUCAGAGGUUAAUUCGAUUUGCUCCACAGAUUCAGAUUUAGAUGAGAUGUGGUCUUCAAAGAUAGAAUUUAUCACGUCACCAGCUCAUCAUGUAAGAAGAAAUUGCAACAUUAAUCAUCCAUACUAUGACCUACAUCGAAAGCAAUAUCAUAAUAUUCAAAGACACCCGCCAAAGAAUACAAACUUUACAAGAACUGACAUACUGAAUGGUAUGUCCAGCUAUGAUGAUCUGCCUUUAGAUCCUCGAGACUGGACACGAACUGAUGUGCGGAAAUGGCUUAUUUAUAUGGCAGUUUCGGAGGGACUGGAAGUAACAUCAGAAUUGACACAUAAAUUUCCAAUGAACGGAAAGGCCUUAUGUUUAAUGAGUUUGGACAUGUAUUUAAGUCGUGUACCUGUAGGCGGUAAAAUGUUAUAUCGUGAUUUUAGAGUCCGUUUAGCGAAAGCUAUGUCAUACCAGUCAUAACAUAAAUAAUGCAAACAUAAUAUGUAAAAAGUAUAAUUUCAAAUAAAUGUUUUUUAGGUGUAUUAGUAUUGUAAUAAUUUAUUUUAAUUUAAUAAGAAUAAAAUGUAUAUAUAACUGCUUUAGCAAAUUGCAAAACAAUAAUUUUUGAGUAUAAUUAACCAAAUACUCGUUAUCCUAUUAUUUUUAAGAUACUUAAUUAUUUAAUCAUUUUUAAUUGCAGAUAAUUUAUUUUGUUAUGGAAAAGAAAAUGUCUACAUAUGUAUGUACAUAUCGUCACCUGAAACGCAAACGGCCCUAACUAACAAAAAAUUCAAAAUCGAUAUUAUAGUUGAUUUUAAUGCAAAUAGGACCAUAUUUUGGUUAAAACCGUAAUUUAUUUGACAUCAUUUCCUAAGUUGAUUAAGCCUUGUCCGACCCCUCGGGUAUCACCAAUAUUUUUGUGCGUUUCAAAUAUCCGCACAAAGGUAAUACCCUCUUUAGAAGUCAUAACAAAUGUCUACAGGUUAAUUUGGACUUCUCCACAAAAAAAACAAAAGGCUCCAUCUACAAAAUCAUUUAAAUAUUAAAGGUAAAAGGUCCAAUUUCUUCAUUUGUAUAUACGCAAUUGUAAACUAUCAUAAGAACUGAUAGGUUUUACUGUUAAACCAUGUGGUUAUUUUCUACAAAAUAAAUCGCGUUGAUAUAAACAAACUUUUUAAUUUAAAUCGUUUAUAACUUCUCCAGUAAAAUUUUAAAAAUCUUAAAUAGGAUCGUUUGCGUUUUAGAUGACGAUAUGCACCAUUUUAUAAAUUAUAAUUGUAUUUUAUGUGUAUACUACCAAAAAACAAUAUGAUUUAACAAUAUUAACCAUAUAAAAGAUUAAUAAAAGAAAAAUAUUCUU